AUGGGUGAUGUUGAGAAAGGCAAGAAGAUUUUUGUACAGAAGUGUGCCCAGUGCCACACGGUUGAGAAGGGAGGCAAGCACAAGACUAGACCGAAUCCCCAUGCUCUGCUUGGGAGGAAGACAAGUCAGGCUCCUGGAUUAUUUUACACAGAUGCCAACAAGAACAAAGGCACCACUUGGGGAGGGAAUAUAUUGAUGGAGUAUUUGGAGAAUCUGAAGAAAUACGUCCCUGCAACAAAAAUGAUCUUCACUGGCAACAAGAAGGGAGAAAGGGAAGACUUAAUAGCUUACCUCAAAAAGGCUACUACUGAAUAAUAGUCAC